UUUCUUUCUCCUUCCCUUCCCUUGCCCCUCAUCUUUCUCUCUUUCUAUCUGUACUUUUCCUCCUCGUCGGCACACACAUCUCUUUUCUUUCUUUUUUUCUCCCUUAUUUCUUGUUUUAUUGGUUCUGUAAUUCGAGGAACGAUUUUUGGAAACAUAAUCGGCAUUUUAUAUAUUGUUGUAGAUUUUGUUUUUGGUUUUGUAUUUUGUUGUAAUGGUCAAUGCUGCUGGAUUUUGUUCCAAAUUAGGGUUCCGAUUCUUUGUCUGCGAUUGGAGUUUUGGAGGCUAGAGCUAAAAGCAUGGAGUUGAGAUUGGGUUGAUUUCUUUGUGUUCUAGUGUAAACAUUUUUUUUGGCUUAGUUUUUUGUCAAAGAUUGGAAGUUCUGCGUGUUGAAGGCGGAGGUUCUUGCUUUACCUUUGAAUUGAUGAUUGAAACAUCUUAAGUUUUGUUGGUGGGAUUCGGUGGAUUACCGAAAAAGCGAAGCUUUUUUUUUCAUCUGUUGGGCAUGUUAAUUUGGGAAAUCUGUCAAGGAUUUCCUGUUUCGGGAGAAGGAGGUAAUUGUGGAUUUGGUGGUGGUGUAUGGGAUUAUUAGCAAAGCAAGGCUGAAUUGGGCAUUAAUCUGGGUGUUGUAUCUAUAUCUCGUGUUGAAUUGAGGUUGUGGAUAAGAAUUUGAAGAUGGAUCAUGUAGUUGGUAGCAAGUUCAAGUUGGGGAGGAAGAUCGGGAGUGGAUCCUUUGGGGAGCUCUAUUUGGGUGUAAAUGUGCAAACUGGGGAAGAAGUUGCUGUUAAGUUGGAACCUGUGAAAACCAAGCAUCCACAGCUUCACUAUGAGUCAAAGUUGUAUAUGCUUCUUCAAGGAGGAACUGGAAUUCCCCACCUCAAAUGGUUUGGCGUUGAGGGUGACUACAGUAUAAUGGUUAUUGACCUUCUUGGACCAAGUUUGGAAGAUUUGUUCAACUACUGCAACAGAAAGUUUUCGUUGAAAACAGUAUUGAUGCUUGCAGAUCAAUUAAUUAACAGAGUGGAAUACAUGCACUCAAGAGGUUUUCUUCACCGUGAUAUAAAGCCUGACAACUUCUUAAUGGGCCUGGGGCGCAAAGCAAACCAGGUAUACGUCAUUGAUUAUGGCCUUGCAAAGAAGUAUAGGGAUCUUCAGACACACAAGCAUAUCCCAUACAGAGAAAACAAGAACCUGACAGGCACUGCUCGCUAUGCAAGUGUCAACACUCACCUUGGAGUUGAGCAAAGCAGAAGGGAUGAUCUGGAAUCUCUUGGUUACGUGCUUAUGUACUUCCUAAGAGGAAGCCUUCCUUGGCAGGGAUUAAAAGCUGGUACAAAGAAGCAAAAAUACGACAAGAUCAGUGAAAAAAAAGUUUCAACUCCUAUAGAGGUGCUUUGUAGAUCGUACCCAACUGAGUUUUAUUCUUUCUUCCAUUACUGUCGAUCAUUGAGGUUUGAAGACAAACCAGACUAUUCAUAUCUUAAAAGGCUUUUUAGAGAUUUAUUUAUUCGAGAAGGUUAUCAGUUUGACUAUGUAUUUGACUGGACUGUGUUAAAGUACCCUCAGAUUGGUGGCAGCUCUAGGGGACGGCAAUCCGGCAGUAAACCAGGUUUAACAGCAGGUCCAUCCGCAGAAAAACCAGAACGGAUUUCAGUUGGGAAAGAGAUCCGGGAAAGAUUCUCAGGUGCUGUUGAAGCAUUUUCCAGAAGGAACACAGCAAGUCCCAGCCCACAUGGUGAUGUAUCCAAACACAGGACUCCAGAGAACCAUCCUGAUACAGAGAAAGGACGUGGUUCUCGAUAUGGCAGCACUUCUAGAAGAGCUGUUGCCGCAAGCAGCAGGCCUAGUUCCUCUGGUGAGCCCAGUGACUCGCGCUCUAGCCGAUUACUCUCAAGCAGUGGCCGUCUGUCUACCACACAGAGAGUCCCUGGCUAUGAGUCGAAGACGUCUUCCUUAAUGCGUGGUACAGCUGCUAAAGGCACCAGGGAGGAUCCUCUCCGUAGCUUUGAGCUCCUGUCAAUCAGGAAGUAGUUGGAAUUGUUUGUUGGUAAGAAAGUACUUCUAAUGCUUUAAAUGGAAAUACUCUCAUGUGAUCAUCACUCGUCGUGUCUGUGGGAUUACAACCUAAUGACUCUCUCACAGGACAUUUCAAUUAUCUUGCCAAGUUUCCAAUGUUUUCUUUUUCUUUUUUUUAGAAUCUGAACACAA